GUUGGUGCCAACUAAUCGCAUGCACAUCCUCGGCGGCGGCGCCCUCGGCACGCUGUGGGCUGCGCAUUGCCCCGCCGCCACGCUGCUGCUCCGGGAGGGCACCACGGCGCUGCAGGCCAGCCGGCUGCGCCUGCGUGUCCACCGCCUGCGUGCAGGAGAGGCGGCCGGCCCGGUAGACGAGGCACUCGAGGCGUGCGUGCGGCUCGAGCCGUCCUCCGGCAGCGCGACGACACCGAUCGGGACGCUCGUCAUCGCUACCAAGGCCUAUGGCGCCGCCGCCGCACUCGAGGGAGUACGAUCGCGCCUCCAGUCCGACGCGGUGGUGGUGCUUCUGUGCAACGGCGCUCUCAGCCUCGCCGACUCGCUGCAGCUGCCCGCGGGCGGCGCACUGCUCGUGGCGACGACGACGCACGGCGCCUGGCUCCACCCCCCCCGGCAGGAAGGCUUGCGAGAGGUGCAGCACGCCGGCAGGGGCACGACGUGGGUGGGGCCGCUGCUGCCGCUGCGGGCUGGCGGCGGCGGCGGCGGCGGCGGCGGCGGCGGCGCGGCCAGAGUGGCCGGAGUGCCCGAAGUCACGAGUUCCUCUUCCGCCGAGCUGGCAGCGGCUCGCUUCGCAGCGGCGGGCCUCGGCGCCGUCGUCGAGGGGGGCGGCCAGACGAGCCGGCGGUUGUGGGAAAAACCCUCCCCAACACCGGUGCUCAACCCGCUGACCGCCCUGUGGAAUGUCCGAAACGGGGAGGUGCUGCGCCGGCCCGACGGGCGACGGAUCGCCGCCGACGUCUGCGCCGAGAUUGCCCAGGUCUGCGCCGCGGCGCCUCCGGCGGCGGCCACGCCGUCCCCGUCGGCGCGGGAGCUCGAGGCGUUCGUCGAGGACUGCGCGUCCGAGAACGCCGGCAACUGGAGCUCGAUGCACCAGGACUUGCACCACGGCCGGCGCACCGAGGUGGAGCACCUGAACGGCUGGGUCGCCCGCCGCGCGCGCGAGCUCGGCACGCGCGCCGAGGCGAACGACGCGCUGGCGGAGCAGAUGCGGCGGGCCGAGGCGGCGAAGGGGCAGACGGGGGGAGGAGGGGAGUGGCGGGUAGAGCGGACUAACUAACGCGUGUCAGCCGAGGUUCCGAUGACGGUGAGUAAUCUCGGCCUGUUGUGUGUUCAGUGAUUCUCCUUGUGCAAAGACCGCCU